CAAAACCUAUACUAUGGGAUUUUUCGGCUUCUGAAGAACACCAAGCGCAAGCAGGAGCUCCAUCACCGACUCCAUCGACUCCGCCUGCCCACGCAGCUUCUGCUCUCCUCUCUCUAUAUAUCCCCGUUGAGUCGCCAUGACGUCGAUCUUCAGCGCCGGCCAGUCAAUCUCGAGUAUCGGCAAGUCGAUGACAGCCAUCGCCCGCGUGGAAGAGCACCUCGCCACUUUCAUGAAGAAGGUAAGCGCCAUCCUGUAUGCUGCAUCCACACUGCCGCCGCCUUGCAGAAGGACACAAUAACCCAACGAUGUGCAUUGUAAAUGGUGGUGUAUGUGGCCUACUGACAGGUGAUUUACUUCGAAAAGUUCUUCCAACGGAUGGGGCCGAACUUGCCAACGUGCGUAAUGGACACAGCGACGCUGCUAUUCCAGCGCUGCUACGAGUACCGAGACGAGAUUCGCGACGAGUUAGAAUCUAGCGUCGCGUACGUGGCGGAUGCAGGUCGCUGGGUCGUAGGAAUGGGCGAUUGGAACAGUAAAAUGGAGAAGCGGCUGAACCAGAUCAGCGAGCUCGUGUUGCUGGCCAACACGCUGCUGACGGAGUACGCUGUGACGGGCCAAGUGGGCGCCGAAGGCUGUCGCGAAGAUCUGGACGCCUAUCUGCAGAUAUUAUCGACAACUGUCACGUUGAAGAAUGCGCCUGUGAAUGGAAAAGAUACUAGCACUGCAGGAUCGGAUGGUCGGCCCCCAGUACAUGUAGUCCGAGCACAGUCGACGACAGCGGCAGAGUUCAGCUCGGAGAUGUCAGCUUUGGGGACGGAGAUUACAGGCGCUUUCUCCGAGAUGUUUGGGAGCAAGGAGUUCGCUAGAUCGACGUCAUCAGGGACCAUUGGACAGACGUCCAGAGCCCAAGCAUCUGCACGAGCAGAGGCAGAUAACGACGCCAUGAACCCUUUUACGGACUCGUAUCGACGCCCAGUUGACCCGUACGCCAAAGGGGUAAGCAGUGCUGGUGCUUCGGCUAGUAGUAGUGUCCAGAGUCUGCCGAAUGGGACGUCGGGUGGUGGUGCAGUGCCUGAGUACCCACUGUCGGAUGGAGACACACCGGAGGGUCCGUUAAGUCCUGUGAGUAUGGGUGAGUACGAGUGCUUGGAGAUUGACUCAAUUCCGAAAUAUGCCGCCUUUAAAUCGUCUGCUCAACUUGCCCGACUCCAGUACACAGGGAACAAUAGCCUUGCUGCCAGCAUGACAAGUGAUGGAGGGAGAAGUGUGUACAGCGAGUCCAGUGCUGAGUACAACGAACUGUUUCCAUUGCCAUCAUCAACUCAAGCAGUCUCGAAAAGUCUGAGCUCCCUGGAUACGACGACUUCUGUGAAGAAGAAGCCUCCAGUGAAGCCAAUCAUGGACAUGAACUACUCGUACGAUUUUCAGUGCGAGGCCGCACACAAUCCGUUUCUCUCGCCGAAUACUCCAGGUCCCAUGUCGCCUCCAGAAGUCCCGGCUCGAGUUGAGCUGCAAAAUCUAUCGUCACCGGCCCAGCAAUCACGUCGGUCGAGUAGUGGACACGGGCCAUCUUCGUCAUCACCAGCGCUGACACCGCCACCGACUAUAGCAAGAGCUGAUACAAAUAUUCAAAGCACUCCCGACUUGUCCAUCUCCACUGCUGCUACUUCUGCCAUGCGUUCAGCUGUACGCGAACCUGUACUCCAGACUGUGGCCCCGCCGCCAACACUUCACGAAGCUAUCGACUUUAACCAAGCACAACCUCAAGCUCACGCAGUGCCAAUUAGUGGACAAAUCGCAAGUACUCAGACUUGGAGAGAUAACAGUGUGCAGAGUCACGGUGUGUCCGAAAAAGACGCUGCUGCUCAAGAUUACCGCGAUAGUGAUAACGAGUACGAUCUGUUUGGGGCGAGCAAGUCGUGAAUUCGGCGAAUACUCGGUCUCAUUAACAUAAAUUGAGUGAUAUUCUCGUUCUUUUGAGUCGAUAGCA